AUUGUUAUUGCGUUGGCUUGAUAAAUUGAAACAUCAUGGAGCGUUUCAUGGAGAAUUUUAAUGGAAAAAUGCCUUUACGAAGAUUCACUGCUAGGAGGCCGCGGCUUCAGAUGACAUGCUAUAGUGACAUAAGACGUCGGCGUCGAGAGCUUCUAGAGUUUAUUCGCAAGCAGGGAAGCGUCCUUACUGACGUGUCCAACUACACCAUCUACAACACCCACCGACAGCUGGGUAACCUGCCCUCCAGGGCCACGCUUCUGCCGGCGAUCGAGGAGGAAACUCCAUCUAUGAUUCGACAGGAGUGGAUUGCGGAUUCGAUAAUGACUAAAAACAUCAAAGACUCUGAAAUGGAGCCGGCAAUCCACUCCGUCGCCUCCUCAAGUCGGCCGGCAGAACGCCUGCCUACAAUCCCUGAGAGGAGGAGGCACGUGGCUCUGGAGACAGAACAACGCAGGCCAUCCCGCUGUUGGUGGUGCUUGUUUUGUUGCUGUUUUUGCUGCAAGAAUUGUUGCUGACAUCUUUGCGCGCUGGGGUCAUUACUGCAGUACCAAAAAGCCUUCUUGUCUGCAGAAUAUAUAUUUCUUUGUUACACGAUUUUCCCGGACUCUACUACCAACCAGUAGUUAAAAAUACUACGAGAAAGCUAGACACUGUCAGUUAGAAAUACUACCAGAAACCUGAACACUGCCAGUUAGAAAUACUACGAGAAAGCUAGACACUGUCAGUUAGAAAUACUACCAGAAACCUGAACACUGCCAGUUAGAAAUACUAGAAACCUGGACACUGCCAGUUAGAAAUACUACGAGAAAGCUGGACACUGUCAAUUAGAAAUACUACCAGAAACAUGAACACUGCCAGUUAGAAAUACUACGAGAAAGCUGGACACUGUCAGUUAGAAAAACUACCAGAAACCUGAACACUGCCAGUUAGAAAUACUACGAGAAAGCUGGACACUGCCAGUUAGAAAUACUACCAGAAGGCUGGGUAGUUAGAAAUACUACGAGAAAGCUGGACACUGCCAGUUAGAAAUACUACCAGGAAGCUGGACAACGGUAGUUAGAAAUACUACGAGAAAGCUGGACACUGUCAGUUAGAAAUACUACCAGAAAGCUGGACACUGCCAGUUAGAAAUACUACCAGAAAGCUGGACACUGUCACUUAGAAAUACUACCAGAAACCUGGACACUGCCAGUCAGAAAUACUACCAGAAAGCUGGACACUGCCAGUUAGAAAUACUACCAGAAUUUUGUGUAAAUCAUAAAUAAAAAAUUGAUGACCUGACCUGUGCAUGGGAUUGUAGAGUUGUGUUAAAUGUUAACUGCUGUUGAAUGGAUUUCUCGCAAUAUGUAAACUAGUAAAUACUGGGCGGAUCUAGAGGGGGGUGGGGGG